ACUCUGAAUGCUGUUUUCUGUAACAGCAGAGAAAAGGUGAGAGGUGACCCUUUAUGAAAGCUAAAAUGAUACUCCAGAAAUCUGUUAUUAAAUUUAAAACAUGUAAGAAUGACAGAUUUUCACCCACUUAGAGCUCACUAGAUUUUGUAGUGUACCCUGCCAAAUGGUUUACUUCCUAUCCUUGUACCCUUCUCUCACUAUUGAACUGGCCACUUUUUGAACAUUUAUGGGGAAGUAUUACCUUGUUCCCGUCUCAGUGAUACCACGAGGUUUUCCACAUUAUUGGAUUAUUGGGGGAUUGUGGCAGACCCCUUUUUAUCUGACAUUCAUUGCAUGACAAGAUUUUGCACACAUGCCCUCCCCCCACCUAUGCCCAGCUUUUUUCACUUUGCCUUACCUAUCAAAUUUGUCUCUUAAUUCUUUUCUUGGGGUGGGAACAUAGAGACCGGGAGGAUCCACCACACCUAAAAUUUUUUGGCCAAGUGAUUUGAAGAAGAGUGCUUGAUUAAACAAUGCUUCUCUUCAUUUUCUAAUGGGUUUCUUUAAAUUUGUCUCCUCUAGAAGGCUGCCUUUAGUUGCCUUGCUCAUCUGUUUUUUUCUCCACUCACUAGCCUUAUUCCUCCCUCCCCCCAACUAUUUUGUCUGUAUUGAGACUUCAUGCAUAAACCACUUUACAACCUGAAGUUUGACUGCAGUUGGGGCUACAGUGUAUGCCAUGAACAACUAUGUAGUUUAUUGGCUACUUCAUUCUGAACUCACUUUUCAUACUGCAGCAAGGGCUUAACUAAGCUUCAGUGCCUUGAAAUACAACUUGUCCAAAUAUUCUCCCUCCCCCCAAUAAAAUAACCUUCUUUGCUGCAUUAUCUGCACUCCAUUAAGGAUCUGAUCAGAUGUUCACAUUGUCUGAUGGGUGCAUUUAAAAGUGGAAAGGGGCUCCCACGAGACCACUCAGGUGUAUCUCCCUCCAGACCCUGAUGGGGUGGAAGAUGAACUCUGGGCUGAUGGACGAGCAAGCUGUAGUUCCCUGCUUGUUCUCUGAUUGAUUCCCCGGGCUCUGGGUGGGUGAAGAGCUGUGAGGCAGCUCCAGCUGAGAUUGAUUGCCUCAAUUUCAAAUUCCCACCUCCAAAAUAGACUCUCAGAUGUACACAUAAGGAACCCCCUCCCCCAACACAAUUUCUGGAGGUGGAGCAGGUGUCUAAGAGUCACCUGUAGCUACCAAUCACAAGUGCUCCUUUUUAUCACAGUGAUGCUGGCUGCACAAGUCUUCUGCUGGGACAGGUUAAAGCCCAGGGAAAGGAGAUAUUCUGUGUCAGCCUGCAUCCUUCUUUGUGUGUGUGGGCAGGGGGUUGGAAUUUAGGAGUGGUGGGAUCUGCAAAGAAAGGGAUGAGAACUCCCACUUGAGGUUAGCCUGGGAGGCUGUGACGACUCACUAGAUUUGUUUUGCAAAUUGUGGCUAUUUGGAUGGAGGUGAGGUGGUGAAUGUCUCAUUGUUUAGCUCUGCCGAAAGAGAGUUCUUGAUCCCCCUCUGACCUUGACAGAACCUCCGAAAUGUUCCCUGUCUAGCCCUGGAGCAGGGAAAUAGAGUUUACUGGUCUGGAUUCGUCCCCUUCUCUCCAGGUAGGGGCAUGCAGGCCACCCUCCCCCAGCGCCAGCUCCCACCCUCAGGCAGCCUUGGGUACCUCGCCCCCCCUGGCCACCCUCUUUCUGGAGCCUGAACCCUCACCCCCUCCUUGGCUUUCCGUUUUUUCCCUCCAGCCUGUGUCUCUCCCUCUCUCUCUCUCUCCCACUUUUCCUCCCUCUCCCGCUCCGUCUCACACGCACCCUCUGUUUAUUUUCCUGCCUCCAUCUGGGCCCUGCUGAUAUUGUAAUCACCCUGAUGCACGUUGGCUUCUCUCCUCUCCCUCCUGCGCUCACACACUCACUCACACACAAUGUGCCAUCCUGACAAGCCUUUUACUUCUGAUAAGCUCCGAUGUGUGUUUAAUGAAUACAAAGCCACGGUCUGGGUGCCGCCUCGGCUGCGGCCGCUCUCCUGCGCUCCUUUGCCAGAAGCUGGCGGAGAGAAUUUACAUUUAAAGAUUAGCAGAGGGAGAAAGCGAAAUCUGCCUUUUGUUGUGUGGGGUGAGGAGGAGGCAUGUCCUGGCCUGGCCGUUAUCUCCCAUCACCUCUGCUAUCCAGACAGGACUCACGGAGAUCGGACUGAGAAGCACUCCACAAUGCCAGACUCACCUGUGGAUGUGAAGACCCCGUCCAGGCUGACCCCUCCCACGAUGCCACCUCCCCCAACAACUCAAGGAGCUCCCAGAACCAGUUCAUUUACGCCAACAACGUUAACCAAUGGCACGAGCCAUUCGCCUACAGCCUUGAAUGGCGCCCCCUCGCCGCCCAAUGGCUUUAGCAAUGGGCCCUCCUCUUCUUCUUCCUCUUCUCUGGCAAAUCAACAGCUGCCCCCAGCCUGUGGCGCCAGGCAGCUCAGUAAGCUGAAACGGUUCCUCACUACCUUGCAGCAGUUUGGCAAUGACAUUUCACCAGAGAUAGGAGAGCGAGUGCGCACCCUCGUACUAGGACUGGUGAACUCUACUUUGACAAUUGAAGAAUUUCAUUCUAAACUGCAAGAAGCUACGAACUUCCCACUGCGACCUUUUGUCAUCCCAUUUUUGAAGGCCAACUUGCCCCUGCUGCAGCGCGAGCUCCUCCACUGCGCAAGGCUGGCCAAACAGAACCCUGCCCAGUACCUCGCCCAGCAUGAACAGCUGCUUCUGGAUGCCAGCACCACCUCACCUGUUGACUCCUCAGAGCUGCUUCUCGAUGUGAACGAAAACGGGAAGAGGCGAACUCCAGACAGAACCAAAGAAAAUGGCUUUGACAGAGAGCCUUUGCACUCAGAACAUCCAAGCAAGCGACCAUGCACUAUUAGCCCAGGCCAGCGGUACAGUCCAAAUAACGGCUUGUCCUACCAGCCCAAUGGCCUGCCUCACCCCACCCCUCCUCCACCUCAGCAUUACCGUUUGGAUGAUAUGGCCAUUGCCCACCACUACAGGGACUCCUAUCGACACCCCAGCCACAGGGACCUCAGGGACAGAAACAGACCUAUGGGGUUGCAUGGCACACGUCAAGAAGAAAUGAUUGAUCACAGACUAACAGACCGAGAAUGGGCAGAGGAAUGGAAACAUCUUGACCAUCUGUUAAACUGCAUAAUGGACAUGGUAGAAAAAACAAGGCGAUCUCUCACUGUACUAAGGCGAUGUCAGGAAGCAGAUCGGGAGGAACUGAAUUACUGGAUCCGGCGGUACAGUGAUGCCGAGGACUUAAAAAAGGGCGGCAGCAGUAGCAGCAGUCACUCCAGGCAGCAGAGUCCUGUCAACCCAGACCCAGUUGCACUAGAUGCGCAUCGGGAAUUCCUUCACAGGCCUGCUUCUGGAUAUGUGCCAGAGGAGAUCUGGAAGAAAGCUGAGGAGGCGGUCAACGAGGUGAAGCGCCAGGCGAUGACCGAGCUGCAGAAGGCCGUGUCGGAGGCCGAGCGGAAAGCACACGACAUGAUCACCUCGGAGCGUGCAAAGAUGGAGCGCACGGUGGCCGAGGCCAAGCGGCAGGCAGCAGAGGACGCCCUAGCCGUUAUCAACCAGCAGGAAGAUUCAAGCGAGAGUUGCUGGAAUUGUGGCCGUAAAGCAAGUGAAACCUGCAGCGGCUGUAACACAGCCCGAUACUGUGGCUCGUUUUGCCAGCACAAAGACUGGGAGAAGCACCACCACAUCUGUGGACAGACCCUGCAAGCCCAGCAGCAGGGGGACACGCCUGCUGUCAGCUCCUCCGUCACACCCAACAGUGGGGCCGGGAGCCCAAUGGACACACCACCAGCAGCCACCCCGAGGUCAACCACCCCGGGAACCCCUUCCACCAUAGAGACAACCCCUCGCUAGGCGUGCACCCAGAACUGUCGGAGGAAAGACACCACAACCAACACGAAACCAGUUCCUCAUCCUCAGAUGCUCAAAGUUGUUUUUUUGUUUGUUUGUUUAUAGAUGAACUAUCCUAUUUCAGUAUUUCAGCAAGAGAGAACCUGACUGUAUCUUGAGGCGGUAGUAAAACAGAGGGCCAGUAACGGGUCGUAAUGACUUAUUGUGGAUAACAAAGAUAUCUUUUCCUUAGAGAACUGAAAAGAGCAGAGAAUAUAACAUGAAAUGAUAGAUUUGACCUCCUCCCUGUUAUUUUCCAGUAGCUGGGAUUUUAAACUAGAUGACCUCAUUAACCGAUGCUUUACCAAACAGCAAACCAAGAGAUUGCUAAUUGCUGUUGAAAGCAAAAAUGCUAAUAUUAAAAGUCACAAUGUUCUUUAUAUACAAUAAUGGAAAAAAAAAAAAAAAAGGAAAACCCUCAAGGGCAUGAGCAUUGGCUACAGCGGUAGACGUUUUAACAAGAAGAUGAAUGGCGUCCGUGGGUUGCUAACUGAACUUUGAAGACCCGCUACAAAACGCGCAGAUGUGUAGCAUAUUGGAAGGAGACACAGAUGUUUGGUUUUUUUCCUGUUUCUGAAAAGAAAUAAUAAUAUCCAGGUCAACAGAACGAAAAAUGAAAGAUGAUUUGCAGUGGGAUGUGUGAAUACAGCAGCAAGAAAAAAAAAUGCCAUAACACAAAAGGCUCCUUUAUAUAUAUACGUGUGUGUGUGUGUAUAUGUAUACACACACACACACAAACACACACACACACACACACACACACACAGAAGUAAGAGACUCAGCCUGCAGUUAUUAGCAUCCUGGCAGCUUUGACACCAGCCGGCUGCCCUAAACAACCCUCAACGUUUCUUCACUUUUGCAAGGUUCCACAGAGCAAGACAUUGGGUCUAUUCCAGCUCAUUCAUUUUAUAUUGAAAAAUAAUUUUAAAAAAAUGGUGGCUCCAGCUCCAGCCCCUUUCUAAAUUUUUUCAGCCCCACCCUGUUUGGAUUUUUAAUUAAAAACUAGUAGUUCUCUUGGUGUUAAAACACUUCUGUCCUGUGAGG